AUGGACAGCCCCAGCAACACCACCGUGCCCUGUGGCUUUCUCCUUCAAGGCUUCUUUGAGUUUCCACACCUGAGGCCCCUGCUCUUUCUACUGCUGCUGGCAGUGCACCUGGCCACCCUGAGCGGAAACCUGCUUAUCCUGGUGGCUGUGGCCUCGGUGCCCAGCCGGCCGCCCAUGUUGCUGUUCCUGUGCCAGCUGUCAGCCACUGAGCUCUGCUACACGCUGGUAAUUGUGCCCCGCUCACUGGCUGACCUGACCUUGCCCGGCCACGGCAAAGGCAGCCCCAUCUCAUUCCUGGGCUGUGCUGUCCAGAUGCAGAUGUUCGUCGCGUUGGGCGGGGCCGAGUGUUUCCUGCUGGCCGCCAUGGCCUAUGACCGCUAUGUGGCCAUCUGUCACCCACUGCGCUACGCAUCGGUGGUGACCCCAGGUCUGUGCGCUCGACUGGCCUUGGCCUGCUGCCUUGGAGGACUGGCAGUAUCUGUGGGGCUCACAGUGGCGGUCUUCCACCUGCCUUUCUGCGGCUCCCGCCUGCUGGUGCAUUUCUUUUGCGACAUCACAGCGCUGCUGCACCUGGCCUGCACGCAGAGUUAUGCGGAGGAGCUGCCCCUGCUGGGCGCCUGCCUGGUGCUGUUGCUGUUGCCCUCAACGCUCAUCCUGGCCUCCUACGGAGCCAUCGCCGCAGCCCUGCGCCGCCUGCACAACGCGGGGAGCCGGCGCAAGGCCACCUCCACCUGCGCCUCUCACCUGGCUGUCACCUUCCUGCACUAUGGCUGCGCCACCUUCAUGUACGUGCGGCCCAAGGCCAGCUACUCCCCGCAGCUGGACCGCACGCUGGCGCUGGUCUACACUAACGUCACGCCCCUGCUCUACCCGCUUAUUUACAGCCUGCGCAACCGGGAGAUCACCGCCGCCAUCCGCAGGGUGCUGGGGCAGCUACCAGCCCAGUCAAGCUGUGAGUCUGCAUCUGUGUGA